GAAUAUGAUGGACUGAGGUGAGGACCCCACACCUUCACGUUCACCAUCUUCUUUAUCAAUAUCUAUUAUCUUUCUUUUACAUCAACAACACCCAAAUACCACCACCUUCUUCAGAUCCUCCUGUCUUUGUCCUUUUGGAGUGGGGGGUCAUUUUUAUUUAGUUUAUACGGAUCUUAGGGUGUUGGGGUUCACCUAAUAUUUGCUUCAAUCCCAACCACCCAAAUCUUUUUUACCACCUUAUUAUUUCCAAAGAUUUGUUUGUUUCCAAAGAAAAUUCACGGAUUUUGGAGAUAUGGGUCUUUGCAUCUAGACUUAUCUUCAUUUUUUUUUUUUCUUGGGAAUUCCAGGUGUCAGAAACCCAUAACAGAUCUGAGAGUGCCCCACCUCUCUCCAUUAGCUUCCUGGGUUCAUCCAAUAGAACCCCAUUUACUCUUUUUUCUCUCACCCCCCUUCUCCCUCUCUUUGAAUGACAGCUGUUUUACUUGUCUGUACGGUUGGGUUCUUAAAGAAAGAUCAUCAUAUAGAGAAAGAAAGAGUUUUUAAGCAUCCUUUGAGUUCUAGAUUGGUUAAGGCAUCGUCCCACCGAGUUGUCUACAAUAACCCUUCUUUUUAUUCUGAUUAGUCCUUGACGAGGAGGCCCACCCUUUGGGUUUGGUGGGCUUCGUUAAACCAAUAAAAAUAAUAAAAAAGAAAACCCAUAGCAUUGAAUGGGGUUGUUCAAGAUCCCAUUUUUCCUUUUAUAAUUUUUAUUUUUUAUUUUUUUUAUUUUUACGAGUUUGUGAGAAAGGAAACUUUGAAGAGAAGAGUAGACAAUUCAAGUUUGCUUCUUUUUUAUUAUAUUUUGUAUAAAUAUAGUUUCUUUUUUUAUAUAUUAGUUUACAAUUGAUUUUCCACAGCUGCUUCUUCCCAUUGAUCUUCCUACCUUAUCAUUUACACCAAACUUGAAUUUGACCCACAAGGAAAUUCUCCUUUUCUAAUGCUACUUUACUUGCUUAUCACCUGUGUCCCCUUUCUCAUCUUUUUAAAGUCCCUUCCUCUCAAACCACUACCCUCAUGGGCAACUGAGAUGAGAUUGUUGUCACCCUUCUUCUGGAAAGAGAUAUCCUUCCUUACCAUAUCUGAGCUGACAAAAUACAUCUUCUCAAGUGGUUUUCUUUUCCAAAUUCCAUCCAAAAUGUCAAUGAAGAGGAAGACUGUAACUUGUAAAGUGGAGAAUGUUGAGGAGGUGCCUGAGAUGUCGGUUUUGGAUUUGCCAGAGUUGGCCUUGGAAUGCAUUCUUGAGAGACUUCCCCCUGAUGCACUCUGUAGCAUGGCUGGUGUUUGUACUUCUUUGAGGGAAAGAUGUAUGAGUGACCAUCUCUGGGAGAAGCACAUGAAGCAUAAAUGGGGUAGAAUUAUUGGUCCAGUUGCUUACACAGCGUGGCAAGGGCAUCUUGCUACAAGAACAGAGUUCGGUAAUCCCAAGCAAGCCAAGCAAAAAGGUCUUUUGAGAAUUCUUUCUCUAGGUUGGCCUUUUUCAUGGAUUAAAUCAAAAGCAGAUGAUAAUUUCAAGCAGAAGAGUUCUUUGCCAAUUCAUUCAGUCAUGGCUUGGUAUCUUGCUCUUGAGACAGGAAGAUUCUCUUUCCCUGCUCAAGUCUAUAACCGCGAGCAGAAUGGGCAUGUUGGAUUCAUGUUGUCAUGCUAUGAUGCUAAGAUUAGCUAUGACCCGCGCACUGACACUUUCCAAGCCAGGUACCCACCUCAUGGAAGUAGGGCACCUGCAAUUGAGAAUGGGGUACCAUGGGAAAGGCUAAGAGCUCCACCUGUUGAUACUCCUCAUCAUGAUCUUCAUAUCUCUGACUGCUUGAAUGAGUUACGCCCUGGUGACCAUGUUGAGAUUCAGUGGAGAAGAAACAAAGAAUUCCCUUACGGUUGGUGGUACGGUGUCGUAGGUCACUUGGAACCAUGUGAUGGGAAUGAAAACUACUGCCGUUGUCAUGAGAGUGACACUGUGGUGCUUGAGUUCAACCAGUACACGCCUGGUUCACGGUGGAGACAUACUACCAUCAAUAGGAAAGACCAUGGGGAGGAAGGAAAUGAGGCAGAUGGGUUUUAUGGUGGCAUUAGAAAGCUUAGCAACGAGGAAGAGAUUUCGAUGUGGAGGCGGCUGUGGCCAAGUGAAGUCUUGGAAUAGACUUCUUCUAUAAAGCAGGAAUAUAAUGAUUCACUUUAAUCAGAAUUCAGAAGAAAAUUAGGCCCGUGCGAUCAAAGCAUGGGAAGUUUAGUGCCUUUCUAUCAAAAAGGAAAAAAAAAAGUGAGAUUGAAAAGUUGACACUGGGAUUCUGAUUCUUCAUGAAUGUGGAGACCAUGUUUAAAAAAAACCAAAAAAAAAAAAAAGAAAAACUCCCAUUCUAAUUUUUUUUUUUAUUUUUUCGUCGGAGAUUUAUUUUAUGCAAUUUCUGAUAAUGUAUAUUGCUGCAGAUUGAUGCAGCAUUGAUGUAUCAUAUUUUACUCCCACGAUCACAAAAAAAACCAUUAGUUGGCUCCCUUGUCUGUUUGGGAGAACAUAGAAAACUAGCUACUGUUUUUGUACUUUUGUGGCUGUAAGAUAACUUUUCUUCCUUUUGCCAAUCAAUGAACAUUAUUAGUAUUCAGAAAA